AUGCUGCGCGAUCGGACGCUCCGCCUGCAGUACGGCAACCGGAUCGAGGCCGUCUGCGUGGUGGGCACCCAGCUCUCCACCGACGUCUACGGAGCUGCCCCAGCCGAGGCCGUGACCUUCAGCGUGAAGCACUCCGAUGACGUGGACGUGGACGUGGUGACCAGCGACCAAGCCGAGCCGGCGCCCGCGAACGGUGGGAGGCAGUGGCCGCUGGACCCCAAGACGAUCCUCAGGAUCCGGAUGACGCGGCCCAGCACCGAGACCAAUGACAACAAAGUUACUGUCAACUAUUACGACGAGAACGGCGGCCACCCCAUCGACCAGGCGGGCAUCUUCCUGACUGGCAUCGAGAUCUCGCUGGACGUGGACGCCGACCGCGAUGGGGUGGUGGAGAGGAACAACCCAAACAAGGCGUCAUGGAGCUGGGGCCCCGACGGGCAGGGUGCCAUCCUCCUCGUGAACUGUGACAGGGAAAACCCAUUCAUUGGCAUGGAAGACUGCCAGGACGACAAGAUAUUCUCCAAGCAAGAUCUGGAUGACAUGUCCCGCAUGAUCCUGAGAACAAAAGGGCCGGACCGGCUGCCCCCCGGAUACGAAAUGGUUCUUCACAUUCCGAUGAGCGACACUGACAAAGUUGGGGUCUUCUACUUGCAGAAUCCGUUCUUCGGCCAGCGCUACAUCCACAUCUUGGGCCGGAAGAAGCUCUACCACAUGGUGAAGUACACCGGGGGCUCUGCAGAGAUGGAGUUCUUUGUCGAGGGCCUCCGCUUCCCGGACGACAGCUUCAACGGGCUCGUCACGAUCAACGUCAGCCUCCUGGAGCCGGUUGCUGAGGGUAUCCCCCAGACCCCGAUUUUCACCGACACCGUCGCCUUCCGGGUUGCUCCGUGGAUCAUGACCCCAAACACCUUGCCUCCGGUCAGCGUGUUUGUGUGCAGCGUGAAAGACAAUUAUCUCUUCCUGAAGGAGAUCAAGAACCUGGUGGACAAAGCCAACUGCAAGAUCCACGUUUGCUCCCGGUACAUGAAUCGCAGCGACCGCUGGAUGCAGGACGAAAUAGAGUUUGGCUACAUCCAAGCCCCUCACAAGGGCUUCCCGGUGGUCCUGGACUCUCCGAGGGACGGGGGCCUCCGGGAUUUCCCCAUCAAGGAGAUUUUGGGUCCGGAUUUUGGCUAUGUGACCCGGGAACCCCUCUUCGAAGUGGUCACCAGCUUGGACUCCUUUGGGAAUUUGGAGGUCAGCCCGCCGGUGACCGUCAGGGGCAAGGAGUAUCCUCUGGGGCGCAUCCUCAUCGGGAGCAGCUUCCCCACAUCUGCGGGACGAAGGAUGACCAAAGUGGUCCGGGACUUCCUUUACGCCCAGCAGGUCCAGGCCCCGGUGGAGCUCUACUCGGACUGGCUGACCGUGGGCCAUGUGGAUGAAUUCGUGACUUUCGUUCCCAUCCCUGGAAAAAAGCAAUUCCGGAUGCUCAUGGCCAGCCCCUCGGCCUGCUACAAGUUCUUCCGAGAGACACAAAAGGAAGGUCACGGCGAAGCCGUCAUGUUCAAGGGCUACAGCGGCACGGACACCAAGCGCGUCACCGUCAACAAGGUCCUCUCCAACGAGGUCUUGCUGCAGGAGAACCAGUACUGCCAGCGCUGCAUUGACUGGAACCGCGACAUCCUCAAGGAGGAGCUGGGCUUGCAAGAGAAGGACAUCAUCGACAUCCCCGCCCUCUUCAAGAUGGACAAGCAGGGGAAGGCCAUGGCGUACUUCCCCAACAUGGUGAACAUGAUCGUCCUGUCCCGGGACCUGGGCGUGCCGAAGCCCUUCGGGCCCAUCAUCGAGGCCGAGUGCUGCCUGGAGAAGCACGUCUGCUCCCUGCUGGAGCCGCUGGGGCUGAGCUGCACCUUCAUCGACGACAUCUCCUCCUACCACAAGCACCUGGGGGAGGUGCACUGCGGCACCAAUGUGCAGCGGAAGCCCUUCGCCUUCAAGUGGUGGCACGUCCUCCCCUGA